AUGGUUUUUGAAGAUGUAUUUGUUUUUUUUUAUAUUGGUUUGAAAAAUAAAUUUUUAUUUUUUAUUUUUUAUUUUUUAUUUUUUUUUAUUUUUUUUACUGUUUUUGGAAAUUUGAAUUUUUUGGGAAAUGAGGGUUUGAAGUGUUUUUACAUAGUAAUUUAA